CAUGGUUUUGCAAUCACUGCUGUUUGAUUUCAUAUUGAUUUCCUUUGGCAGGCGGAAGCGUUGUCAGUGCUCACUCCUGCUCAGGUGGCACAGCUGACACUGAGCUCAGGGGCCUUGAAUGACACAGACCAAAUCGACCACGUGUUUGAGCGACUUGAGGAGGGCAAUGCUCUGGAAAAUGUGGAUGAAUUCCUGGAAGAGCUGACAGCAAAUGGAAAGGUAGGCUACAUUUGACACUGGGGCAAGAAGGACAAUCCUGGGCUUUUAGAUAUGGAUCAACGCCUCUACAGCAGUUGUUGGGGACUCAUUCACAUCAAACAUUUACUUACAUCCCAUCUAGUCUCCUGUGAGGAGUACUUGCAGCAUGUAAACUGUGUGGUGUUUAAGUCUUCCUGUGUUGUCAUUUGACAGGACCCUGAUUUCCAACCUGCUGUGAGAGAUCACCUAAUGAACAGGACCUUCAGCAUCAUCGCUCCCCAUUUCCCCAAGUUCAAGACAGACGACUGGUUCGCUUGGUUCCACGUGAAGCUGGUUACUCUGCUCCCAAGUUUCAGCGCAGUGAUGCUCAAGAAUGCUACCUCAGAUAUAAACUGCACAAACUACCAUGUUGUUGUGAGCGGGAUGGCCAAAGCUUUCCCUUCAAUAUCCUCGCAGGGACAAGAAGAAAUCACAGAUGUAAUGGUGGGCUACCUGAAAAAAUCUGUCAGUGUCAUCAACACGCCAGUUUGCAGGCAGGGAAUUCAGAGUGAUGCCCAGUGGCUUGAGAAAAACUUGGGUCCAUUUUCCACACGUGCUAAAUACUCUGACCUCAAAGUAUUCAACAUCUCUGGGGUGGCAGUUGUGGAAAACCUCUCACCAAAGCAGAAAGCUGAGCUGAUCCUGGAUCCAGACAGUAACGCUUUGGAGAAUGAGAACAUCGUAAGAGAGGUGUUCACAAGCUUGACAGAGUCCCCUGAUACUGAGCAGCUCAGUCAGUUUUUCCAGGCUUACAGUGACAUCAACAAGCAGAGAAACAUCACCAUCGUGGAAAAUCCAGCUGUACGAGACAUCAUCUUGAACCUGACCUUGACAGCCCUUGCUCCUGAAUUUGAAGACUUUGGGCCUGAAGACUAUAAGCUGUGGUUCCAGGUCUAUUUGGUCACUGUGAUGGCCAGCCUCCAUCCUGGCAGCUUGGCGGUGAUCCCCAGUAACAUCAGUUGUGCAUCCUACGCAGCCAUGUACGAAAUCAUAUUUCUCAAGUCCAAAGUCAGACACUUUGGAUUUUGCACGAUGUCAAAGUGUGGCUUCAGACAAGUCACAAAAAUGUGUGUUUUCUUCCCUCAGACUCACUGGCCUCGAGCAAAGUUUGAAAAUCCUGCCACUGCUGCUUUCACGGGGUGUGAGAUCAAGCAGAGAGUCACUCAAGGAGACAUUCGCACGUACGUUGACAUCAUUUUUCAGAUAAGCCAAUUACCACUGCUAUGA